CAAUUUCUAUGACUUAUUAGACACUGAUUUGCAAAACCUGAAAACUUAUUCAGACUUUAAAAGCUGAAUAUUUUAAGCGUUCAAGAGAGAUUUAUACAAAUUUUGCUGCCAUAGAUACUCAUAACCAGAAGAGAUUACAAACAGAAAUGAACUGUGCAAUAAUAAAGUCAAUUCUCCCAACCUGUUUAAUACUCGUUUAUCACGUGAUCCAAACUGAAGGUCAUGGCCGCUUGGUGGAACCACCAUCUAGAUCAAGUAUGUGGAGAUAUGGUUUCCAAACACCGGUAAAUUAUGAUGAUAAUCAGCUCUUCUGUGGCGGUUUUGAUGUUCAGUGGAAUCAAAAUGGUGGACGAUGCGGAGUUUGUGGAGAUCCUUAUAAUGGCCGAAGAUAUAACGAAGCCGGGGGCAAAUACGCUACGGGAACCAUUUCCCGCCACUACACAGAAGGCCAGACGAUACCAAUAACCAUUGACGUCACAACAAAUCACGGGGGCUUCUUCGAAUUCCGUAUUUGUCCGAACAAUAAUCCGUCAAAGCCAGUUACAGAAUCUUGUUUGAAUAUGAACCUUUUGCGACAGCCAAAUGGUCAAACAAAAUGGCGACUGCCUUCUGGAACACGGAAGUUUUCAUUGAAUCUUGUUUUACCACGUGGUCUCACAUGCUCCCAGUGUGUGAUUCAGUGGAAAUGGAAUACAGCAAGCAACUGGGAUUGUGACAGCAACAACAACUGUUGUAAGGGAUGUGGUCCACAAGAACAGUUUCUAGGAUGUGCUGAUGUUUCCAUUUCUUCGUCUGGGAAUUCGUUUGGCUCAAACAAUUAUAAUAACGUUCAAUCAGGGUUUGGCGCCGUUCAAAUUGGCGCCGUGCAAAUUGGCGCCAAAACUCCGGAAGUGACUGGUAAUGGAUUCAUACCGAUAGGUAGCAAUGGUGUGAACUUAGGCGCCAGCAAGAUUUGUCAAGCUACGGCUUCCUGGAAAGCACGCUAUAUAUUUGCUGACCAAUGGUGUAGAUCUCAGUGUGCGGCAGGCAACUGUCCAGUGCAAUAUUGUAAAGACUCAUGUAGGUCCAAAAAGCAACAAAAAUAAUCAUUUCUGAAAAGCAUUUGUGAAAUGCAUGAAGUGUUGUUAAUUAGAUAUUUAUGACUUUUAAGCACACAAGCAUACGAAUAUUUCAAACUAUUCCUUUUUAAAAAACGAAAUAUUGUAUUUAUGUACAACAUCUCCACUCAUUUAUUUUAUGUUUCACAUAUUUUUGUAAUGUUUGUAAUAUUAACUAAUGUAUAUAUUUAUUUAUUUUUCAUCUUUUUGUGACUUUUAUAAUAAAUGUUCAAAAAUGG